AUGUACAAGGCUUGAUCCCAUAGGAGAGGUCCUGAAUUCUUCUUGCCAGUUUCUAUAGCAGCAGGAGUUAACAUCAAGGCAAUGCAAAGUGACAACCACACAUUUGUGACCCAUUUCAUCCUGGUUGGCCUUCACCAUCACCCCAAGCUUGGUGUUCCACUUUUCCUCGUCUUCCUUGCCAUCUACCUCCUCACCAUCUCUGGUAAUGGGCUAAUCAUCCUCACUAUACUAGUCGAUGUCCGACUUCAUCGACCCAUGUACUGGUUUCUAUGCCACCUCUCUUUUCUGGACAUGACAAUCUCUUGUGCCAUUGUCCCCAAGAUGCUAGCUGGCUUCCUGUUGAACAGCAAGGUCAUCUCCUUUGGAGGCUGUGUGAUUCAACUCUUCUCUUUCCACUUCUUGGGGUGCACUGAAUGUUUUCUCUAUACCCUCAUGGCUUAUGACCGCUUCCUUGCCAUCUGUAAACCCCUGCAUUAUGCUACCAUCAUGACCCGAAGUGUCUGUAAUUGUCUGGCAUUGGGCACUUGGCUGGGUGGCUCUCUCCAUUCAAUCUUCCAGACUUGCUUCAUGUUCCGUCUACCUUUCUGUGGCCCCAAUCAGGUAGACUACUUCUUCUGUGACAUUCCUGCCAUGCUGCGGCUUGCCUGUGCUGACACUGUCAUCAAUGAACUGGUCACCUUUGUGGACAUUGGUUUCUUGGCCCUCACCUGCUUUGUUCUUAUUCUUACUUCCUAUGGUUACAUUGUAGCUGCCAUCUUACGCAUCCGCUCUGCUGAUGGGCGCCGCAAUGCCUUCUCUACCUGUGCUGCCCACCUCACUGUUGUCAUUGUCUACUAUGUGCCCUGUACUUUCAUCUAUCUGCGGCCUGGAUCCCAAGAGCCACUGGAUGGGGUAGUGGCUGUUUUUUAUACUGUCAUUACACCUCUACUCAAUCCCAUUAUCUACACACUUCGUAACAAGGAGAUGAAGUCAGCAUUAUGGAGGCUGGGGGGGCAUAGGGAAGUGCAGCCCCAUUGA